AUGGUGACUAUAUGGACUCCAAUAUUUCCUUUGCUUUGUUGUUUGUUUUGUUUCAUUGGAAUUGUCUCUGGGUGAGUUUUUAAUACUUUUUUUGUUAGAUUAGGUGCCGACAUAAAGAACCCGCCAUUUUUUCGGUAAAUUACAGGCAAAGUAUAUACGGUAAUUACAGGCAAAGUACAUACGGUAAUUACAGUCAAAGUAUGGCGGGUUCUUUAUGUCGGCACCUACUACUUUACUAUCUUCAUUGUGUAACAGUACUAAAGGGUUGACUAGUAAAAAAGGCGGGCCUGGCUCACUUUUUUUGACUGUGAAAGGGGAGGGCCUGUCUUUUCAGCUUGGUUACUAAAAUUUGUUUUGGCUCAGUCUUGGUAGGGCCUAGUUUGCUUCUGUUAGACAUGAGAAACGGGCCGGGCCGGGCCCAAUUUUCAGGCUCGGCCCAAUCGAAAUUUUGCUCAAGGCCGGCCCGGCUCGAUUGUAGGCCCGGGCCUAAAAUUUUUUUUACGUGGAAACGGGCCGGGCCCGGCUCAUUUUUCAGGCCCGGUCCGAUCGAAACUUUUCCCAAGGCCGGCCCGGCCCGUUUCUCAUGUCUAGUUUCUGUUUGUCCCUGGUCGUGGCCUAGUUUGCUUCUGUUUCGCCCAAGCCGAGUCUAGUAAGCUCUCUUUCAGGUCUACUAAAAAGAAAGGGGGAAGUAGAGAACGAGGUGAAGAGAUAAGAGGAGAAUUUUCAAAAUCAAAAAUUGAAUAAAAAAUUUUUUAGAUAUGCCAUUGGUGUUGCACUAGACCACUUGCUCCCGGUUUUGCCAAUCAUUAGUGAAGGCGGGAUUCUAAUUCCAGAAAGAGGCGUUUUUGGAACUUUCAUCAAUUAUUCAGCGGUUUUCUGUAAGUAACUAGCCUUAGCCCAGUUCCUUAGUCUAGAGCCUUAGCCUAGAGCCCUAGCCCAGAGCCCUGGCCGAGAGCCCUAGCCCAGAGCCUUAGCCUAGAGCCCUAGCCUAGAGCCCUAGUUUAGAGACCCCUGAACUCAACCGCUAACCCCGAUCCUCUUGCCAGUCUAGAGUCCAAGCCUUAGAUUCGGCCCCUAGACCCAACCGCCAAACCCGACCUUUAGACCAUACCUCCUUCAAAGCCCUAGCCCAGAACUUUAGCUUUAAGCCUUGUCUUAGUCUCUAACUCUAGCCUAGCUCAAGCCAUAUCCCAGACUAACUUGAUUAUAUUUCAGGGUUCUUUACAAACAUCUGCCUGUACCUCCACAUGAAAGAUCACGUUCAGCAGCACAAGCCACACUCCAAAGUACGGCACUUCUUGUACGUUAUGUUGUUCCUUGGUAUCUUUUCCGGCUUUGGCUUCACUCUGUUGGCCAACUUUCAACUAAGUGAAGACUUAAUGGUACACGGUCUUGGUGCUAUUAUGAUGUUUUUCGGUGGCUUGGUCUUCUUCGUUUGUUACAUCGUAUUCACAUUGAAAGAACGUCAGUAUACGUCGCUUUGGAUGACCAUCAUUCGUAUGAUAAUUAUCGUACCGGCUGGUAUUUGCGUCUUUUUGCGUAAGUUUUUGGUUUUUAUAUUUGGUUGGGGGGGGGGAGAGGAAGGGCAGGGGGUAGAUAGGCAAGGCAGAUAGGUAGGACUAUAGUAAACACGGCUAAGGUAGGUAAGAUUACGGUGGAAAGAUUACAGUAGUUAAAGUCGAGGUGGGUUGGACUACGGUAAGAACUGGUAAACGACUAUAAUAUGUACGACUAUGGUACUGUAGGCAACACUACGGAAGUUGGACUACAGUAGGUAAGGCUACAGUAUGCAAGUCUACGGUAGUUAUUACUACAGUAAACAAGACAAGGGUAGGUAAAAUUACAGUAGGCUACGGUAGGUAAGACCUUGGUAAGUAGGGUCAUGUUAGGUAGAACUGAAGUAGGUAAGGCUAUAGUAUAGGUAUGAUUACGGUGAAAUGUUUAAGGCUACAAUAAGCUACUCGUACAGUAAUAUCUUAUACAACAGCUUUUUUAUCAUGUUGUACACCAGCCAAAAAUUUACAAUUUCAGAGCAGAUUUUUAAUGACAAUGCCAUCAUCGUAGUAGCAGUCAAUGGUACAGUACCUCCUUUACCUGAAAAAGUAGAUGGAAUCAACCGAAUUGGAUUUGGUCAGCCGGUAAGGGCACUUCUAGACUUACAUUAGGAUUACUGUAGUCUUACGGUAGAAUCACUGUAGAACUUCUACCUAUCUUUUAAUCAUUGAAAUUUUACUGUACGUUCAACGAAAGUAAGGUAGAACUACAGUAGGUAAAGCUAACUUACUGUAAUCUUACCUACUGUACUUCUACUUUACCUACUGUAGUUGCAACAUACUUUCUGCUUACUGUAGUUCUACUUCACUUUCUGCUUACAAAAGCCUAACCGUAGUCGACUGAAUUUUCAUUUUUCUUAUAAGCUACUACAGUAAUUUCAGUGGUGGUUGAAUCACUUGGUAUCAUCGUCUGCUGAAUGGACAGUAGCCUUCUUGUACUUGAUUCUGGUUGGAAGUCUAGCCUACGAUCUAUUAGGAUGCUAUAUUGUGAUUAAUCUGAAUGACUAUGAUCCAAGAAGAGUUAAGAGAAAUGUCAAAUCAUCUGAUAGUGAUCAACAUGGAAAAGGAACCGAUAAAGUAGACACAAAAUCAGAAGAGAAGGACGAUCAAUCAUCGUACAAAAGUUCAUACUGA